AUGUGUAAUCAGCUUGGUGAGACACUAAAAUAGAGAAGUAAAAAGCAAGUCAUUUUAGAUAUUGUGAAGAUAAGAAUUGAAAAGGUAUUGCAUCAUUUUGCACAGUUAUUAUAUUAUAAUUAUACCUUUAUUGCAUCCUCAGUCAAACGAGCAGCAGAUGAGGUGUCAUCUGAAGCCAAAAAACCAAGGAUUGAGGUAUGUAAUAUCUUUGACCUGCACCAUUCGGAUUCCUCAGCUCAAUAAUUAUUUAUAGAACAUACUCCUCAUCUCAAAAGGAAUCCUCUACAAAAAUCCUGUUUCAUCCUGAAUUCAUACAUUUUGAGAAAAUGAUCCCUGCAGAGAAAUUGAAUACAUGAUGGUCUUUCAUCAAACAGAGCAUUUUACCACAUUCUGUCGUUCUCUAGGAUGAGGAACGAGUGCGACUGGACAAGGAGCGUCUGGCUGCUAGACUGGAAGGCCACAAAGAGGGCAUAGUGCAAACUGACCAGAUCAGGUAUGAGGCGCCUACACCCUUCCAUAAUCCAGUCACCUUUAUUUUGAAAAGAGGAGAGUUUUUUUUUUUUUUUUUUUUAACUGUUCAACAACAUAGUGCAGCUGGCAGCAUCAAGCUGAAUUGCGAGUAUAGGUUUGUUAAAAAUACCAAAGCGCAAUAAACCCAAAAUAUACAUUACCAGUCAAAAGUUUGGACAUACCUACUCAUUCAAGGGUUUGUCUUUAUUUGUACUAUUUUCUACAUUGUAGAAUAAUAGUGAAGACAUCAAAACUAUGGAAUCAUGUAGUAAACAAAAAAAGUGUUAAAAAAAUACGAAUAUAUUUUGGAUUUUAGAUUCUUCAAAGUAGCCACCCUUUGCCUUGAUGACAGCUUUGCACACUCUUGGCAUUCUCUCAACCAGCUUCAUCUGGAAUGCUUUUCCAACAGUCAUGAAGGAGUUCACACAUAUGCUGAGCACUUGUUGGCUGCUUUUCCUUCACUCUUCGGUCCAACUCAUCCCAAACCAUCUCAAUUGGGUGGAGGUCGGGGGAUUGUGGAGGCCAGUCAUCUGAUGCAGCACUCCAUCACUCUCCUUCUUGGUCAAAUAGCCCUUACACAGCCUGGAGGUGUGUUGGGUCAUUGUCCUGUUGAAAAACAAAUGAUAGUCCCACUAAGCCCAAACCAGAUGGGAUGGCAUAUCGCUGCAGAAUGCUGUGGUAGCCAUGCUGGUUAAGUGUGCCUUGAAUUCUAAAUAAAUCACUGACAGUGGCACCAACAAAGCAACCCCACACCACCACCUCCAUGCUUCACGGUGGGAACCACACAUGCAGAGAUCAUCCGUUCAUCUUCUCUGCGUCUCACAAAGACACGGCGGUUGGAACCAAGCAUCUCAAAUUUGGACUCAUCAGACCAAAGGACAGAUUUCCACCGGUCUAAUGUCCAUUGCUCGUGUUUCUUGGCCCAAGCAAGUCUCUUCUUCUUAUUGGUGGCCUUUGGUAGUGGUUUCUUUGCAGCAAUUCGACCUCUGAACAGUUGAUGUUGAGAUGUGUCUGUUACUUGAACUCAGUGAAGCAUUUAUUUGGGCUGCAAUCUGAGGUGCAGUUAACUCUAAUUAACUUAUCCUCUGCAGCAGAGAGAACUCUGGGUCUUCUUUUCCUGUGGCGAUCCUCAUGAGAGCCAGUUUCAUCAUAGCGCUUGAUGGUUUUUGCGACUGCACUUGAAGAAACUUGACAUUUUCUGGAUUUACUGACUUUCAUGUCUUAAAGUAAUGAUGGACUGUCGUUUCUCUUUGCUUAUUUGAGCUGUUCUUGCCAUAAUAUGGACUUGGUCUUUUACCAGAUAGGGCUAUCUUCUGUAUACCACCCCUACCUUGUCACAACACAACUGAUUGGCUCAAACGCAUUAAGAAGGAAAGAAAUUCCACAAAUGUAACUUUUAACAAGGCACACCUGUUAAUUGAAAUGCAUUCAAAUCAAAUUGUAUUGGUCACAUAUACAUGUUUAGCAGAUGUUAUUGCGGGUGUAGCGAAAUGCUUGUGCUUCUAGCUCCAACAGUGCAGUAAUAUCUAACAAUUUCACAACAUAUACCCAAUACACACAUCUAAAUAAGGAAUGAAUUAAGACUAUAUACAUAUAUGGAUGAGCGAUGUCAGAGCGGCAUGGACUAAGAUACAGUAGAAUAGUAUAGAGUACAGAAUAUACAUAUGAGAUGAGUAAUGCAAGAUAUGUAAACAUUAUUAACGUGGCUAGUGUUCCAUUUCUUAAAGUGGCCAGUGAUUUCAAUAGGCAGCAGCAGCAGCCUCUAAUGUGCUAGUGAUGGCUGUUUAAUAGUCUGAUGGCCUUGAGAUAGAAGCUGUUUUUCAGUCUCUCGGUCCCAGCUUUGAUGCACCUGUACUGACCUCGCCUUCUGUAUGAUAGCGGGGUGAACAGGCAGUGGCUUGGGUGAUUGAUGUCCUUGAUGAUCUUUUUGGCCUUCCUGUGACAUUGGGUGCUGUAGGUGUCCUGGAGGGUGGGUAGUUUGCCCCUGGUAAUGCGUUGUGCAGACCGCACCACCCUCUGGAGAGCCUUGCGGUUGCGGGCGGCGCAGUUGCCGUACCAGGCGAUGAUACAGCCCGACAGGAUGCUGUCAAUUGUGCAUCUGUAAAAGUUUUAGGUGCCAAGCCAAAUUUCUUUAGCCUCCUAAGGUUGAAGAGGUUCUGUUGCACCUUCUUCACCACACUUGUCUGUGUGGGUGGUCCAUUUCAGUUUGUCAGUGAUGUGUACGCCAAGGAACUUGAAGCUUUCCACCUCGGUCCCGUCGAUGUGGAUAGCGGGGUGCACCCUCUGUUGUUUCCUGAAGUCCAUGAUCAUCUCCUUUGUUUAGGUGACUACCUCAUGAAGCUGGUUGAGCGAAUGCCAAGAGUGUGCAAAGCUGUCAUCAAGGCAAAGGGUGGCUAAUUUGAAGAAUCUCAAAUAAAACAUAUAUUUUGAUUUGUUUAACACUUCUUUUGUUUACUACAUGAUUCCAUAUGUGUUAUUUCAUAGUUGUGAUGUCUUCACUAUUAUUCUACAAUGUAGAAAAUAGUAAAAAAUAAAGAAAAACCCUUGAAUGAGUAGGUGUCCAAACUUGUGACUGGUAGUGUAUGUCCUAAUCAAUGGAUGAAAGUAACUAAUAAUUUAUAAUCUGCUGUUGGCUUGAGGAGAGCUCUUAUCACUGUCUUAUGACCAGCGUUAGGAUGGGUAUGAAGGCACUGUUAUUGAACGACCAUAGUUACAAAAAGUGGGCAAUUAUCAUGAAGCCAUUCACCGUUGCUACACCGGUUUUAAAGAUGCUAAGGUAUCCCAAUGAGAGCAGGCAGACGUAAACACAAACCAGGAACCUUGCUUUAUUCACUAAACACUGCACUAUUUAAAUGUUCUGCUCAAUCAACCCCGAACAUUCAUUUCUACUCGAGGCAACUUAGCAUUUUAUUAGAUUUUUUUUCCUCUAAAUGAUGAUCUCAGGGAGAGUUAGGAUAUGCUAAAAACACAUUUCCAAUUCACACACGUGUAUAAUACACACUUCUACAUGUGAAAUAGGACAAAUAUAAACACCCACCUCAUUAUUAAUGUGUUCUAUCAGUUUACCUGGUGAAAUAAGGGUUAACAGAAAUCAUCUCUGACCCCAGGUCACUGUCCGAGGCCAUGUCCGUGGAGAAGAUCGCCGCCAUCAAAGCCAAGAUCAUGGCCAAGAAGCGCUCCACCAUCAAGACAGACCUGGAUGAGGACAUCACCCUGAAGCAGAGGAGCUUUGUUGAUGCCGAGGUGGACGUGACCAGGGACAUAGUCAGCAGGGAGCGGGUGUGGAGGACCAGGACCACCAUCCUACAGAGCACUGGAAAGGUCAGAGGUCAAUCCCUAGACUGGCUAUGAUGGGGGGGGCUGCGCAAGGGUCAUGCUGUCUUUAACCCCCUAUGGUUGAUUUCCGUGCCCCUGUUGUUAGUCAACCUCAUCCGCCUAAGUUGCACUUCUGCAUCUGCGGUGAAAGGUUACAGAGCUAGAGCAGUGUUUGUCAGACCAUGAGACACCCUGAAAAUAGGUAUUUUCACAAAAUCGUACGUAGCGUUCGAAUGUUUUGGCCUACAAACUAUUAUGACCCCCUCUAUGAGAGGCUCAUGAACACGAUGGUGUUCUCCGUUUUGCUCUAUGACCUCCACAAGUGUCAGGAGACUCGUCUGAAGUUGGUACAACCGAUCUGCCAACUUCUGUUUGUAGUUUCAGACCCGUUUGGGCUACGCACUAAUAUGACCCCUCUGUGCAAAGGUGAGUGUCUCACAAACAUGUACAUGUUUUGCUCUAGGACACCCACAGGCCUCACAAGACUCGUCUGAAGGUCCCCCUGUACCAGUUGAAAAAAAUGUAUGGAAGUAUUUAAAGACUGUUUAGUGCCAAAAAUAUGGGGUUAAAUACAUGUUAAAAAAAACAAUUAUAGUAGACACACUUCAGAACAAACUUCCUUUUGAUAUUUUUUGGGGGGACUAUCUGUUGUUCCAUGUAGUGAAUCUGUUAGGCAAUGUAUUUGUAUGGGCUAAUAGCAGUAAGGCAAAAAUACUUUUUCAUCAAAUCAUUUUUUAAUAUAUUUGUUUUAUACUUCAAGGGGUCUUAAAAUUCAAAAUCAAAUAGCUAAAUUAUCCUUGGUAUGAACUUCUUAAAACAAUUUCCAUAUAGCUUAGUAGAACCCCCCCGGCUUAGACUCUGAUGGGUUAAGGUAAUGAGAUGGACAUCUGGACAUUAUUAGGAGGAACCCGGCCACAUGGGAAGAACACACGUAUUCACUCCAUGUAGACGUUACCUGUGGUUACCGACUUAGGAUCAGCUUCCCCAAUCCUAGCCUUGAAGGGUGGAGGCAAUGGUCCAUAUCCAUAGCUUAUUUGUAUUUAUUAUGGUUGCCAAGGCAGCAGCUACUCUUCCUGAGGUCCAGCAAAAUUAAGGCAGUUAUACAUUUUAAAAAUAUUACAAUACAUUCAUAACAGAUUUCACAACGUAUUAAGUGUGUGCCCUCAGGCCUCUACUCUACUACCACGUAUCUAUAACACAAAAUCCAUGUGUACGUGUGUGUAUAGUGCUAUGUUAUCGUGAUCAACAAUCUUUGGCUCAUCUGUUUUCACACUUCAUUGUUCUUUAACGCCUGCAGGUGGCAGCAUCACGUCAAGGGAAAUGUAUUGGUUUGGUAGGGUACAUCUGCUGUUCUCUUAUUAAACAGAACAGUAGAUGUCUCACCUACCGUUUACACUGUGCUGAUACAUCUUUUGCUCUUGCAGAACUUCUCCAAAAACAUCUUUGCCAUCCUGCAAUCGGUGAAGGCCAGGGAGGAGGGACGGGCCCCUGAGCAGAGACCAGCACAGAACACCACUCAGGUGGUAAGGAACAGCCCAUGUUUGGUUUUGGAUGCACACUGAUGCGGAUGUACCAUCAUAGUUUGAUUUUGGAUGCACACUGAUGGGGAUGUACCAUCAUAGUUUGAUUUUGGAUGCACACUGAUGUGGAUGUACCAUCAUAGUUUGAUUUUGGAUGCACACUGAUGUGGAUGUACCAUCAUAGUUUGAUUUUGGAUGCACACUGAUGGGGGAUGUACCAUCAUAGUUUGAUUUUGGAUGCACACUGAUGGGGAUGUACCAUCAUAGUUUGAUUUUGGAUACACACUUUUGCAUCCUAGGAAUCCAGCCAUGUGAUAAAUUUUUGCCAUUGUGAUGUAAAAAUGCGUAAUUGAGAAUGACAUCCUUAACCAGUAAAGGCUCUUGCUGACGAAUUCCAUAAAAUCAAUGAAUGCCUCCCUGUUCUAAUUUCUCAAAGAAAUGGAGCAUGCAAUUAACUUGGAGCUUCUCCAGAAAAAGGUCAAUGAGUAUUUAACCCUUGGAAGCAUGGUUGAGUGUAUUAUUACCACUGAACUCUCCAAUAUUAUAGUCUCUGUGGAUCAUUAAUUGGAAAUGACCUGUGUUUUAAGUGUAACCUCUUGUCUCCCCUCAAGGAUCCAUCCAUAAGGAUCAAACAGCCUGUCCCAGCUGCCUAUAACCGAUACGAUCAGGAGAGAUUCAAAGGAAAAGAGGGUGAGUGGUGGAGCUGGGAUGAUAAAAUUAUCACUUAUUGCAGGCAUUUUGCUGAUAUCGUUCAUUACGAUAAGUAGCCUAUGCUAGAGAAAUGUGAAGUUUGAAAUCAAAGAAGUUUGCUACUAUGGGUGAUUGUUAGUGGGACAAUUGAUGGCUACAAUCAUAAAACAAGCAGUAGUUUAAAGAAAACUACUGCACAUGAAUGUUAUAAACUUGUCGUUCUAUUUAUUGUUAUUGCAUCAAUGCAGGCCAUUUAUCACAAUAUGGAUUUCUGUCCAGCUUCCCAGUGUGCUUUAUGGGGUAUUGUGUGUAGAUUGAUGAGGAAUUUUUAUUUAUUUAAUCAAUUUUAGAAUAAGGCUGUAACGUAGCAAAAUAUGGUUAAAGUCAAGGGGCACUGUAUGUUCAUAGAUGGUGCUUUACUUUGUAAAGUAAAUAUAUAUAUUGUAGCGUGUUAUCCAUUUCAUUUCCUUACACAGUAAUGAACAAAUGAAGAUACCAAUCAUUUUUUAACCAUUUUAAUAUAAAAAGUAAGAUGCAUUACUGAUUGACUAAUUGUGUCCUUAGAAACUGAGGGUUUCAAGAUUGACACCAUGGGAACAUACCACGGCAUGACCCUGAAGUCUGUGACGGUAAGACCAUCCUUUCGUCUUCUGCUACCCUAGUCUGCUUAUAGUUUAACAUACAGUACCAGUCAAAAGUUUGGACACCUACUCAUUCAAGGGUUUUUCUUCAUUUUUACUAUUUUAUACAUUGUAGAAUAAUAGUGAAGACAUCAAAACUAUGAAAUAACACAUAUGGAAUCAUGUAGUAACCAAAAAAGUGUUAAACAAAUCAAAAUAUUUGUUAUAUUUGAGAUUCUUCAAAUAGCCACCCUUUGCCUUGAUGACAGCUUUGGACACUCUUGGCAUUCUCUCAACCAGCUUCACCUGGAAUGCUUUUCCAACAGUCUUGAAGGAGUUCCCAUAUAUGCUGAGCACUUGUUGGCUGCUUUUCCUUCACUCUGCGGUCCGACUCAUCCCAAACUAUCUCAAUUGGGUUAAGGUUGGGGGAUUAUGGAGGCCAGGUCAUCUGAUGCAGCACUCCAUCACUCUCCUUCUUGGUAAAAUAGCCCUUACACAUCCUGGAGGUGUGUUGGGUCAUUGCCCUGUUGAAAAACAAAUGAUAGUCCCACUAAGCCCAAACCAGAUGAGAUGGUGUAUCGCUGCAGAAUGCUGUGGUAGCCAUGCUGGUUAAGUGUGCCUUGAAUUCUAAGGAAAUCACAGACAGUGUCACCAGCAAAGCACCAUAACACCACCUCCUCCAUGCUUUACGGUGGGAAAUACACAUGUGGAGAUCAUCCGUUCACCUAAACCGCGUCUCACAAAGACACGCCGGUUGGAACCAAAAAUCUCAAAUUUGGACUCCAUACCAAAGGACACAUUUCUAAUGUCCAUUGCUCGUGUUUCUUGGCCCAAGCAAGUCUCUUCUUCUUAUUGGUGUCCUUUAAUAGUGGUUUCUUUACAGCAAUUUGACCUUGAAGGCCUGAUUCACGCAGUCUCCGCUGAACAGUUGAUGUUGAGAUGUCUGUUACUUGAACUCUGUGAAGAAUUUAUUUGGGCUGCAAUUUCUGAGGCUGGUAAGUCUAAUGAACUUAUCCUCUGCAGCAGAGGUAACUCUGGGUCUUCCAUUCCUGUGGCGGUCCUCAUGAGAGCCAGUUUCAUCAUAGCGCUUGAUGGUUUUUGCGACUGCACUUGAAGAAACUUUAACAGUUCUUGACAUUUUCCGUAUUGACUGACCUUCAUGUCUUAAAGUAAGUUUCUCUUUGCUUAUUUGAGCUGUUCUUGCCAUAAUGUGGGCUAUCCUCUGUAUACCCCCCUAGCUUGUCACAACACAACUAAUUGGCUCAAAUGCAUUAAGAAGGAAAGAAAUUCCACAAAUUAACCUUUAAGAAGGCACACCUGUUAAUUGAAAUGCAUUCCAGGUGACUACCUCAUGAAGCUGGUUGAGAUAAUGCCAAGAGUGUGCAAAGCUGUCAUUGUGGCAAUUUGAAGAAUCUCAAAUAUCAAAUAUAUUUUUGAUUUUAACACUUGUUUUGGUUACUACAUGAUUCCAUAUGUGUUAUUUCAUAGUUUUUAUGUCUUCACUAUUAUUCUACAAUGUAAAAAUAAAGAAAAAUCCUUGAAUGAGUAGGUGUCCAAACAUUUGACUGGUAGUAUAGAUUCAGUAUGUUUACUCCAUGCAGGAACCAAACAACCCCAGCAUUGCAUGUACCAUGCUAUAAAUGAGACAUGGCGCUAGAACCACAACAAAGUGAAAGUAAACGGAUAUUAAUAAUAUCUACUUUAAAUGUUAACAAUCUGUUUUAAAUGAUGACAUACUGUGGAAAAUAGCAGGUGCAAACACGCAAGUCAAUUUCUUACUCAUGUUGCACUGAUUGGCUUCAGUGACUAGCCUAUCACCCAAAGAUUGAGGCAUAUUGUUGCUCUGUGCCCUGCCCAGCCCAGCCCAUUUGUUUAAAAUGUUUUUUUAUUUAUUUAACCUUUAUUUAACUAGGCAAGUCAGUUAAGAACUAAUUCUUAUUUACAAUGACGGCCUACCCCGGCCAAACACGGACGACGCUGGGCCAAUUGUGCGCCACGCUAUGGGACUGCCAAUCACGGGCCGGAUUGUGAUACCAGGGUCUGUAGUGACGCCUCUAGCACUGAGAUGCAGUGCCUUAGACUGCUGCGCCACUCGGGAGUGUACUGUUGGCUCACUCCACCUCUGUGGUGGCAGGUCUUUGGGCCUGUGAUAAACGCCAGGGUUGUGGGUUCGAUUCCCACGGGGGGCCAGUAUAAAAAAAAAUAUGUAUUCACUAACUGUAAGUCGCUCUGGAUAAGAGCGUCUGCUAAAUGACUAAAAUGUAAAUGUACCCAGAGGCUGCCCAUGAGAUCGGGUUCCAGGUGCUGCUUGCAGGGAACCACAGAGGACAGGGGAACAUGUCACGGCUCAGUGACAUCUCAACAAAUGGGCAAACCUAGGUCAAGCAGCUUUGUCUUCCUCAUCCACACACACAGUGCAGUGGUCUCAUUUCAGUGUGUUUCUACCAGCUUUAUCAUUCUGAAAUUCUACCUAGCCGUUGCUGUGGUUUCAGUUCAUCUCAAGGCAUCAUUUUCAUACAUUUCACAGAACAUUGCUUCUGAAGAAAGUUCAUUCACAAAGCAGAAUAGAAUUACUCUGAAUUGUGUGAAAAUGGAUGAAGGGUUAUGCAUAGGAUAACUCACCAUGUAGACAUCUCCUUUCUGACUCAUUUACUAGGCUGAACUAUUUAUUUUUAGUGCGUUUCAUUCUAUUACAACGUUGUGUUUUCAGCUAUUUGUUACAUAGCUACAACUACAUUGUGUCUACCGUAACGUUUAACAGCUGUGUAACAACCGAACUGUAGCAUGUAAGUGUUCUGUUUCUUCACUAUGGUAACAUGGCACGCUAGAAAGACCUUUCGCAAAUGUUGGCUACACCCUUGACGUGUCAAGGCACUUUCACACAAAUGUUGGCUACACCCUUGACGUGUCAAGGCACUUUCACACAAAUGUUGGCUACACCCUUGACGUGUCAAGGCACUUUCACACAAAUGUUGGCUACACCCUUGAAGUGGCUUUGCACUUUUACCACAGUACUAUCAACGACCCCGGGACCACCCAUACACAAAAAAAAAAUUAUGCACGCAUGACUGUAAGUCGCUUUGGAUAAAAGCGUCUGCUAAAUGGCAUAUUAUUAUUAUUAUUAUAAGAACGAUUCAAUUUCCAGCCAGACGUACUCUCUCUCUCUGCAUAGCUGAUUGUCAUUGAUGGGGGUGGGGUGCCCUCAGGCUGAGCAUUGUCCAAGGAGUUUUCAUUAUUUUUCUCUCUGCAAUUGGCUGAAAAAUGUAUAACCUGAUUUUAAAUGUCUGUUACCACUCUUGGUUUUUGGUGUACCACAAGGGUCUAAAAUUUCAUUUUUGGUCCACCAGCCACUGGCAGGUAGCCCCCUACAAGCCAAUCUGAUGUUUUACCAGCCAACAUUUCUUGGGCCAUAAUUACAUACAAAUAAAAUAAAAAAUACAGAUGACCAUGCUUUGUAAUGUUUCUAAAACAAAAAGCUGCCCCUUUAAUUGCAGGAGGUUACUGUGGUAAUGGAGCCACUCAAAUCCUGUGUGCAUGAGAUUUGGGAUCUGAGCAACAGCUCUUUGCUCUCAGUUGAAGCAGCAGACUCAAACUAAUGUUGAAAAACAACCAAGCUUGUGAACAAAACAAUUGGGGAGAACAAGUAUUUAAUUUAAAAGUGGGGAGAACAAGUAUUUAAUACACUGCUGAUUUUGCAGGUUUUCCUACUUACAAAGCAUGUAGAGGUCUGUAAUUUUCAUCAUAGGUACACUUCAACUGUGAGAGAUGGAAUCUAAAACAAAAAUCCAGAAAAUCACAUUGUAUGAUUUUUAAGUAAUUAAUUUGCAUUUUAUUGCAUGACAUAAGUAUUUGAUACAUCAGAAAAGCAGAACUUAAUAUUUGGUACAGAAACCUUUGUUUGCAAUUACAGAGAUCAUACGUUUCCUGUAGGUCUUGACCAGGUUUGCACACACUGCAGCAGGGAUUUUGGCCCACUCCUCCAUACAGACCUUCUCCAGAUCAUUCAGGUUUCGGGGCUGUCGCUGGGCAAUACAGACUUUCAGCUCCCUCCAAAGAUGUUCUAUUGGGUUCAGGUCUGGAGACUGGCUAGGCCAUUCCAGGACCUUGAGAUGCUUCUUACGGAGCCACUCCUUAGUUGCCCUGGCUGUGUGUUUCGGGUCGUUGUCAUGCUGGAAGACCCAGCCACGACCCAUCUUCAAUGCUCUUACUGAGGGAAGGAGGUUGUUGGCCAAGAUCUCGCGAUACAUGGCCCCAUCCAUCCUCCCCUCAAUCCGGUGCAGUCGUCCUGUCCCCUUUGCAGAAAAGCAUCCCCAAAGAACGAUGUUUCCAGCUCCAUGCUUCCCGGUUAGGAUGGUGUUCUUGGGGUUGUACUCAUCCUUCUUCUUCCUCCAAACACGGCGAGUGGAGUUUAGACCAAAAAGCUCUAUUUUUGUCUCAUCAGACCACAUGACCUUCUCCCAUUCCUCCUCUGGAUCAUCCAGAUGGUCAUUGGCAAACUUCAGACGGGCCUGGACAUGCGCUGGCUUGAGCAGGGGGACCUUACGUGCGCUGCAGGAUUUUAAUCCAUGACGGCGUAGUGUGUUACUAAUGGUUUUCUUUGAGACUGUGGUCCCAGCUCUCUUCAGGUCAUUGACCAGGUGUAGUUCUGGGCUGAUCCCUCACCUUCCUCAUGAUCAUUGAUGCCCCACGAGGUGAGAUCUUGCAUGGAGCCCCAGACCGAGGGUGAUUUACCGUCAUCUUGAACUUCUUCCAUUUUCUAAUAAUUGCGCCAACAGUUGUUGCCUUCUCACCAAGCUGCUUGCCUAUUGUCCUGUAGCCCAUCCCAGCCUUGUGCUGGUCUACAAUUUUAUCCCUGAUGUCCUUACAUAGCUCUGGUCUUGGCCAUUGUGGAGAGGUUGGAGUCUGUUUGAGUGUGUGGACAGGUGUCUUUUAUACAGGUAACGAGUUCAAACAGGUGCAGUUAAUACAGGUAAUGAGUGGAGAACAGGAGGGCUUCUUAAAGAAAAACUAACAGGUCUGUGAGAGCCGUAAUUCUUACUGGUUGGUAGGUGAUCAAAUACUUAUGUCAUGCAAUAAAAUGCAAAUUAAUUACUUAAAAAUCAUACAAUGUGAUUUUCUGGAUUUUGGUUGAAGUGUACCUAUGAUAGAAAUGACAGACCUCUACAUGCUUUGUAAGUAGGAAAACCUGCAAAAUUGGCAGUGUAUCAAAUACUUGUUCUCCCCACUGUAAAUAGCCAAGAAACACGAGGACAGUCUCACUUUGUAGACUUUUGAGUAAAUGCCUGUUCGCAGCUCAUCCAAAAAUUAAUCUAUCAGUACUUCACUCAGUGAGCUCAGCUCCCCUGCCAGUCAGUGUUGCUGCGCGAGGUGGGAUAUAAGAUUAGUAUUUAUUUGUGCAAUUAGUAGCUAUGAAACAAAACAGCAGAAGUACUUUGAAAACAAAUACUGCAGCAGUUUUCUAACUCGUACAUGUGCUUGUACUUGACUUUUGACAAUUUUUAUUCACACAUGUAAUGCUUGCACUGUAGGGCCCUGUGGCUGGUGAAAUACACAUUCUUACCCGCCAAUACCUAAAUCUACUCAUUUGGCAGGUGUUAAUUUAUGCCCUGUGUACCACCCACAUCUGUUUCCUCUUUCAACUAAAUUCUCUGCUCUUGCAGAUUUCCUGCCCUUCAUUCUUCCUGCAGCUCAACUGCUACUUGUGA